CCUUCUCGCUGUGAGAACAACUGUUUUCUGCUGGUUGCAGAUUUUUAACAAUGGAGGAAGACCUGAAUUAUGCAAACGUGAUGUUUAGGACUGAUGGUGUCUCCACACACAUCGAGUCAGAAAAGUCGUUGCAGACAGAAGUAAUUUACGAUGAGGUGAAGACACAGGAGAAGACUCUGGAGACACGUCUGAUCAUAACAGAAAAUCAAAACAGAGCUCAGUUUCACAAGCAACUUCGUUUGGUUCUGGCAUUGUUUGGACUGACCUGCCUAAUGCUGGUGUUGGCCAUCAUCAUCCUCAGUUUCUAUUACCAAAAUGAGCAGAGGCAGUCCAGCCUUUUAACGCAGCAGAAUCUGAAGCUGCAGGGAGAGACCACUGCUUUAAAGAGACAAACAGCAGAGCUGCACCGAGACAGAGAACAACUCAACUGGACCAUUGGAGUCAUACUGGAGUACAACAACUUUCCUGUGACAGAACACUGCCCAGACAAAGUGUGUAAGCCGUGCCUGGAUGACUGGCUGCUGUUUCAGUCAAACUGUUACCUGAUUACAAAGAUCUCUUAUGGGUGGAAAACUUGGAAGCAAAGCCGGGACUCUUGUGCUGAAAAGAACGCCGAGCUGGUGGUGAUCGACAGCCAGGAGGAGCAGGAAUUUCUAAAAACGAACAUAGAAAAAUACAACGACGAUAAACACGGCUACUGGAUCGGGCUGCAAAAAGACACGAAGGACAUGUGGACCUGGGUAGAUGGAAGAAAUGUCUCUGUGACGUACUGGUCGACAGCAGAACCCGGCUACAGCUACGCCUGUGGUUUAACCAACCCUCACAUAAAUCAUCUGUCCAACUGGGGCAAAGCGAGCUGCACCAUGAAGAACCGCUGGAUCUGUGAGACGAGAGCUUUGACCGGACCGGAUUAGAAAGCCAGGACUGGACCACAGUAUUUAUAGUUAUUUAUAAGUCAGACUGGUUUUCUGUAAUUAUUGAGCUGUUCUCUCUGACUAAAUCUGUUAUUUAAUAUUAGUCAAACCAUUAUGGCUGCAUGUUGAAGUCUAAAGAGGUCGUUGACUCAUGAACCUCGCAAAUAUGGAGGCAGAAGGUAUCAUGUUUAUGUUUGGAGAGUGUAGAAAUGUCUUUUCUGUAUAGUUGGUAUGUUUCUGAGGAUGUUUAAGGGGGGAUGAAACUCCUCCAUGUCUCCUCUAUCUGCUCCUGGUGUCGCUGUCGUCUGAUUUGAUCUGAUCUCGUUUCCAUGAGCUGAUUGACUGAAACACACCGGACAGGAUCUUAGAGAUUAUAAAUCUACCAGCUCAGUUCUGUGCAUCAACAUUAAACCAAGUUAAGCAUGUUUUAGAUGAAGGACUGAGGAGAUGAACCUCCUCCAUGCUUCGGUUUCCUGCUGACACUGAUCAUAUUUCUUACAGCAGGCUCCACGUUUCUCGGCUACUAAACUUCGGCUCUUUCUUUUUGCUUCUUCACCGGACCAUUUCAUCCCUCCCUGCUUUGAAAUCUUUCUGUGGGAAAGACAUUCUGAUAAAAGUUUAUUGUGUGUUAAAUAUUUGUCUUUUUGCUCAUUUUGCACUUUGAUAAAAAUAAACCAUUAAAUUGGUAUAAAAGGUUUCUGGUUUUACAGCGUUGUCGGCGACUUAUCUAUAGCGUUCCCAUAUUGCAAUGCAUUAUGGUUUGUCAUUGUUUGAUUCUGUAAUGCUAUCCAUCCAUCUAAGGAUUUUAGCUUUUCCAAGAUCAGAUGUGUGGGUCACAGAUUUAAACUAGCUAAAACUAGAUCCUCCUUUCCAUUAGGGACCCCAGGCCGUGUAGAUGUGAAUCUGAAGUUAAUCCUACGCCGCCUACUGAUCUGUAUAUCACUGAUUUCACACUUCUAAACACAGUUCUAAAUCUAUCUAUCUAUCUAUCUAUCUAUCUAUCUAUCUAUCUAUCUAUCUAUCUAUCGAUGUAUAUCUAUAGAUAUAGAUACACUGUUUGUUAUGCUGAAGUGUAACGGGUCCCACACGUGUGGAAGGCAAGAAGCUGCAUUAUCCUAUUUUACUCUUAGUGUGAAACCUCCAGCUACAUUCAAAGGUCACUGACAGUUUUUUUCUUAUCUCCAUGUGCUG